CAGACGACGCGAGCUCUGUGCGUAGCGCAGUGGCUGCGAGUUCGCUGCUUCUUGUUCGCUCCCUUCUUCCUUGUGAAUCGUGCGGUGCAGUUUGCUGCUCACUGCCGCUUUCGUGUCGUCGUAACUGCGACAGAGACGAGCUGUGUCGCCCAGCCAAAGAUGUCGCGUUUCCGUCGGCAUUGGAUACUCGUUACGGGCGUCGUCCUUCUUUGGUGCUGCCCAUGGCACGGCGGUGUCUGCUGGGCCGCUUCCACGGCGCGUGCGUCAGGAGCGGGCCGCACCAGCAGCGCCGAUGACGCAGCUGCAACCAGAAGUUCCGACUGGUGCCAGAACGACGAGGUGUCGGAGUGCGUCGGCAAGCUGGACUUGCUGUCCCAGAACAAGAGCAUCGCCUUCGCAUCCUCCGAGGCCGAGCUGAAACGCAUCUGCUCCCACCUGACCGGCGCUAUGGACUGCGUGAAUGCUUUCACACGGCGCUGCUUCAACGAGAAGCAGCAGGAGGUCUACGAGCGACUGACCAGUGGCGCAGCUCAGCUCAUCGAAGACUUCUGCCUGGAAGGAUCUCGAUUCAGGAUCACAUACCUGAAGCACUCCAAGUGCUACAAAGAGCUGCAAGACGACUACAACAAGUGCGCCUCCAUCUACGUGGUUCAGCGGGCCGAGCUCCAAGAAAAGACGCUCAGCGCUCAGGACAAGAUACGGCAUUCGUGUUGCCAAAUGGAUGGCUACAAACAGUGCGCUAAGACGGCUGUGCUCCUGCGCUGCGACGUAGAAGCAGCAGAACUCGCCGAAGACAUCAUCGUCAAAGCCAGCGGCUACCUCGUGUCUACGCACUGCUCCAGAUACCGCAUAGGCGAGCCGAGCUGCAGCGGCUGCUCCACGUGGGUCGGCAUUGCGCUGCCGGCGAUUCUAGCUUUGACGGCCUGGCUGCACCUCUUCUCAAGAGCCCCAUAGCAGUAUGGCAGCCCGGAAAGACAAACCAUGUUUACUGCUCCUGCCGUGUUUCGGUAGGGAAGCGUUGAAAAUAUUGAAGAGUUACGUGACACCCCGAGAGCAAUCCUGGCAUCAUUACUCGAGCUUACAAUGACGGUGCUUGGUGUUCGGCGACUCGUUUUUUCAUUCAAGGACUGUAUAUUUUAUUUAUUGUCUCGUUCUAGUUGCCCGCUAGAAUCGAAGCUGGGGUUACAGAGAAUAGCAAUGGCAGGCUAGGGACUUGGUUCACCCGUUACUCUGUGACUCUCUGAAAGCGCGAGCAGCCACACGAAGUGUCCCGGUUUGUGAGCGCCGCAUUGUUCAUUGUGUGUGACGAUGCAUUCGGAUGCGCCACGCUUUUCGAGGCCUUGAAACUGCCCCUGUUAGGGCUGGAAACCUUUAGACUACUUCUGUUUCCGGUAUCACAGUCCUGCCAAGUUUGAUGAGCUACCACAGUGACCGAAGUUGUGGGCCACAAAAGUAACCUCCAUCUAAGGCAUCAUUCUUUAUGAAGACGUCUGGUUCCUGAGCUGUGUUACAGGCUUGCAAAAUUACAGUUGCUGAUAUCAAUAGAAACCAGGUUCUGACAAUUGUGGGCACUCAUUCAAUGGGCAGAAGUAAGUAAAUGAAGGUUGCACUCCGGGCAAUGGAUCCAAAAUGACUAUGCUCUUCUAGCAGCUUUCUCGCUUUUUCUAUUAUGAAGACCGUUAGUUCUGCGAGCGAGACAAAAUAAAAACGCCAACUUCUGUUGUAUGCAGUAUAGCGAGCGCACUCGCAUGGUGGCAUAGACUUCCCGACCAGCCGCAGCCAAAUUUUCCUAAUCUGGCGCAAAACGAUAAGUGGUAUACACGGCCACGGCGCCAACUAAGAGACUCCCUGAACUGAGCCUGCAACGACUUCCGAUUCCAACUGCCCUGACAUUUACUGCUCUUCCUUGAAGCACAGAAUAUUAAAUCGUUUGUUUGUGCUGCUAUGCCAGAAUACACCUGGAAAGAACGUGAUGUAUGCCAGUUUUGUGGCAUUGGGUUGCCCAUCCAAUGAACCGCAAGAAAAAUUAAUCAUUAAGUCUAUACGAGCAAGAACAAAGCAACAAAAUGAGCGAUCCAUCGGGAACUAUUUCAUCGUGAAACCAUUCUGUUGGCGUUCAGAAGCAUACAUUCGAAGGCUAUGUCACGUUCUGAUUAGCAGGAAAGCUCAAGGCUGAACAGCGCGUUAGGACGUUGCUGAAUAAUCGCAAAGAAAUGCCGUGUUCUAGCUCAACCAAGGGCUAUAAUUCGAAGGAGUGCCGAGAUUUUCGCAAGAGAAGGCUGGCUAGAACCGCCGAAAAGUAAGAGCUGCUGUUGUUCAGUUCUUUCCAAGCUCCUUGGGGUUAAGAAACCCACUUUUUCUCGAGAAGUUGCCAUUUUGUACAGUGCCAUCAGUGCUCGGUAGAAGGCUGCCAUUGGUACUUAGCCGCUAGUGCCCGUAGAGCUGCCUGUGGGAUUGUCAGUCCUGUGUGUUGCGUGUCGCGAUAGCAGAAGUGGUGUGGCUGCGGGUACACCGAUGCAUGCCAGACGAAAGACACAACUUGUAUGCGCGAAAAAUCCGGACAACUGCUCGGUUCCGACAGCGAAGGGUUCGCAGACAACACGCUCGGAAUGCUUGGAACGUCAACAUCAACAUUGAAGUGCUUGUCGAAUCUACUUCAAGCGCGUACAUCGGAAUGUCGCGCGUUGUGCCUGUUCGAAACAACAAAUGCACUUUCUCGGCGGCGUGCUAUGGGAAACGCGGAAGAAAUCACGACAGUGCAUUUCCGAUGUUUUCCGGAAGAACCCUGCAGUGUCGUUUUUUGACUAUUGCCUUUUGUUGGUUGAGUGGUUAUGUUAAACUAUAGUUCAGACUUAGAAUUUGUUUUCCUUUUCGACCCUUUAAUGUCGCUGCGCUUCCAGAAUCAUAGUUUUGUUUCACAGCUAUGAGACAUUGUCUUGUAUUUCAGAUAGAGUUGAAUGUUUGAAUUUAGCUAUACCGUAGUUAAAAUAGGAGCAAGCUUUUAUUUAUGUGACAUUGUGAUUUGAUAAAACGCAUUCACAGAGCAUUUUCUCUUUUGUGGAAACUUGUUGUGGAGAGUAAAUUUAGACGUCUAGUUAAACGCACUUCAAUGAAUAGAGCAUGAAAGCUGUGCUGAGACUAUCCUACCUCUGCUAAGUUUUUGUAUGGUGUUGCUAAGCGAAAUACAGCUCAAUCAUUGUUUUCGUACACUUAUUGUUGGAAAUAUAUUACGUUACGCUAUG